AUGGAGUUUGUAUCAUUACUAGUGUUGCUUAUAUCUUUUAUUAUUAUUGUUGAUGGUCAUUAUUUUGUAUACUAUUCUGAUGAUCGAUAUGGAUUUAAUGCAACAUUUGAUUGUUUAUAUGCCUAUUCAGGAGAUCUAUCAGCAGAUACAACGUUAGUAUCUACUGUUGAUUACAGUUUAAUUCCUUAUUGUCGACGACUUGAUGAAACUGACGAGGAAGAAAAUUUCACUAUUAUAUCGUACGAGAAUAUUUUAAAUAACAUGACGUUUACUGAAUUAUAUCGACAAGGUAUAACAAGUACGCAAUUACUCGCAUGGUCAGUACCAAUCGAUAUUAUCGAACGAUAUGAAAAAAACGGUCAAAAUUCGAAUGAAAUAUUUUAUAACUGUUCUUUACCAUGGUUUGGUUCAACGUGUCAGUAUAGAUUUGAAUCUGCUAUAUUACCUUCAUUUAAUGAAGUUCUUCAAUUUCAUUAUAGUACUAAUGGUAUACCUUCGACAUACAUCUAUUCGAAUACAUGUUAUCCAUUUUUACCUGACUGUUAUCGUGGUCCAUCACCGAUGUGUCUUGAUUGGCAUGAAAUUUGUGAUGGAUAUUUUGAUUGUCUCAAUGGAGAAGAUGAGCAAUUAUGUGACAUAUUAGAAGUGAAUGAAUGUUUCGAGAAUGAAUUUCGUUGUCACUUCGGUGGUCAAUGUAUUUCGUCCGCAUUUCUUCGUGAUGGAAAAGCAAGUACUGAUUGUCUUGAUGGUUCAGAUGAAAUCUAUCCGAUAAAAUACUCACGAUACGUAACUGACAGCCUAUGUACACGCGUAUCAACAUUCCACUGUGAAGAACUCAAUGAUCGACGUUCUCUUGUAUUAUUUCCAUGUAAUGGUUGGAUAAAUUCCUCGAUUUGGACAGAAUCUACAACAAAAAACAUUCAUAUCUGCACUAAUAAUCGAUAUUAUUAUAUGUUUUUUAAUGUUUUCACUUCGUUAGAUCACAUUUCAAACGUAUUAUGUAAACAAGCAUUCUACUGCUCACUUCGUUUCAGUACCAUUUUUGAAUUUAAAUAUAAUGAUACAAGCAAAAAUGGAUGUGAAUUUCUUGCUAAUCAUUGUCAAUCGGAAUGGCUUGUAUUGCCUAAAUAUCAUUUUAUAUAUGGCUUAUUUCAAUUUGUUUAUUUAACGAAUCGAUCAUUUGAUGAAUUUAAGGUUAAUAUUGCGCCUGAUUUUAUCUGUUUUAAUGCAAGUCAUUGUCCUGGAUUAGUAUAUUGUUCAAUAGAUAUUGGCAUGCAUAACGGACUCACAUGUUGUAAAAUGAAUAAUCUAAUAAAUAGAAUAUUAGGCAGUUGGAUUCAUUUGGAUGAGAUUUUGAUCGAUCUUAGUCAACGUUGUUUAACAAUUGGUACAGAUCAAGUAUGUUCACAUUCAUCCUUGUUUCAUUGUCCACGUUCAUUAAAAUGCAUUUCAAAACAUCGAUUAGUUGAUGGUUAUCGUGAUUGUUAUUACAAAGAAGAUGAAUUAUUUCCUGCUUGUCAAUCAAAUGAUUCGAAACGUUUUAUAUGUGCAUCUAAUCCGGAAAAAUGUUUAUCAAUAGUUGCUACUGACAAUGGAAUAAAGGAUUGCGAACAGGGAGAUGAUGAACAGCUUGAACGUCGACUAGAUAUUCGAAGUAAUUUUGUACCAUUUGCAAUAUUUUGCGAUGGAGAAAAGGAUUUAUUUUCAAUGGAUGCAUUCAAUAAUACAGACGAAACGAAUUGUGAUUGGUGGCCAUGUAAGAAUCCAUACUCUCGAUGUGAUAACGCUUGGCAUUGUUUGAAUGGUGCUGAUGAAUUGAAUUGUCCAAAUGCACGUUGUUCAUUAAACGAACACAUAUGUCUAAAUUCAGAAUCUGACAAUGGUAAGUGUAUACCAUUUCUCCAUUUAAUGGAAGAAUUUACAUAUUUUAAAACACAUUCAAAACGCCAAGUCCUGUUUACUAAUAUAACGAAUGAUAAGUUAGGAGACUGCUUCUUAUGGAAUCAAACGAAAUGUAUUACUGCAGAAUAUUUUAGUGAUCCUCCAUUGAUUCCAUCAAUAGUUCAUGAUGAUAAUUGUUUUAUACAAACCAAACUACCUCCGGCGUUUAAUAUUCCUACUAAUCUGCCGUUAUAUAGUCAUGGAAUGUGCACUCUUGUAAACAAAGAUUACUUUAAAAGAAAACCAAAACAAUUUCUUCAAACAUUUGGAUUAAGUUAUUUUCCAUCAAUUUCUAUUAAUUCUUCGGUUCCACAACUAUCUCAAGUAGAUGUUAAUAUAAGUACUUCAAUGCAAAAAGUUAAACGCGAUUGGUAUUGUAAUCGAGGAAUUCCUCUUCUAUCCAAAAACAGCCAUACAAAAAAAUGUCUUUGUCCUCCAUCUUAUUUUGGUCAUCGAUGUCAUUUACAAAAUCAACGUAUUAGUUUAACGCUUCAAUUGAUAUAUCGUACGAUUACAGAUAAUAUACAUUCUUUUCAAUUAGUAAUCAUGCUUAUCGAUGAUCAAGAAACAAUUUAUUCGUAUCAUGAACAAAUUACAUACGUACCUAAACGUGAUUGUCUAAAGAAAUUUAAUAUAUAUUUACUUUAUCCUCAUCGACCCAAAAAUCUUUCAAGUAAUUAUUCAAUACGUAUUGAUAUCUUUAAUAAAAUUACAUUAACAUAUUGGGCAAGUUGGUAUCUAUCAAUUCCUUUUCAGUUUUUACCUGUUAAUCGAAUUGCUACACAAUUAUUUAUUCCAAUUACUACACAACAAUUCGAAUCAUCAUGCAAAUUAUCUUGUGGAAAACAUGGUCGAUGUAUGCCAUAUGUUAAUAAAAAUUCUUCGUAUUUUUGUCAAUGUGAUCAAGGUUAUUCGGGUCGUUAUUGUAAUAUUCAACAUUCUUGUUCUUGUUCAUCAGAUUCAUUUUGUCUUACUUCGUCUAUUUGUUUAUGUUCAAUGAAGAAAUUCGGUCGAAACUGUCAUAUAACACGUUCAGUUUGUCAAUCAUUAAAUAAUUCAUGCGAAAAUAAUGGAUUAUGUAUACCAGUCGAUGAUCGUAUCAAUGUAAAUGAUUUUACUUGUUUAUGUAAGGAAAAUUUCUAUGGAAAACGAUGUGAAAAUCAAACUGAAGAUGAAAUUUAUAUUGAAUUAAAUGAAAAAAUGAUUCAACAAGUUUCAAUUAUAUUUAUUCAUUAUAUCAAAGCAUUUGAUCAUUCAGAACAUCAACAUAUAACAGAAAUAAAAAAGAUUAAAUACGGAGAAAACACAAUACAAAUUCACGUAAAACCACAAUUUCAUAUUCUUUUUAUUGAACUUUUAAAAAACGAUUAUUAUUUAAUUAUUAAACAAGAAACUAUUCAAAAAUUAAAUCAUAUUCAAAUGAAAUUAUCAUCAAAUCAACAAUGUGUUUCGAUACAUGAAUUAAUGAAUUCUACUUUAAAAUCUUAUAAUUAUCUUCAUCGUAUUAAAUAUUAUCCUCAUUUAUGUCGACAAUAUAAACAAUUAAUAUGUUUUUAUGAUGAAACAUAUAUGUGUAUAUGUGAUCUUGAUCGAUUUUCAAAUUGUUUUAUCUUUAAUCAUUCGAUGACUUAUGAUUGUCAAGGUCAUAAUUAUUGUGAAAAUAAUGGUCGAUGUUUCCAAGAGAAUCCCAAAUGUCCUGUUGAAGCAUUAUGCAUAUGUUCUGAUUGUUAUUACGGUUUAAGAUGUCAGUUUACUACAGAAGGUUUUGCUUUAUCACUUGAUUAUAUUCUUAGUUAUCAUAUUAAACCCAAUCUUUCGUUUUCUCAACAACCAAUGAUUAUUAAAAUUAGUAUAGGUAUAACAACAAUUAUGUUUAUUUUGGGAUUAAUUAAUGGAAUUUUGUCGAUAUUAACAUUUCAUAUGAAGAAAACAAGAGAUGUAGGUUGUGGUUAUUAUCUCUUAGUAUCAUCUUGGAUAUCAAUAUGUUUAAUAAUUAUGUUAAUCAUUAAAUUUUGGCAAUUAUUAUUGUCACAAAUGGUAAUUCUUACUAAUCGAUCGUUUAUCAACGUUAAUUGUAUAUUAUUAGAUAUGAUUAUCAAAAUUCUUAUAGCCUUUAAUGAUUGGCUUGAUACAUGUGUUUCUAUUGAACGAGCUAUGAAUGUUAGUAAAGGUGUUAAGUUCAACAAAAAUAAAAGUAAACAAAUGUCGAAAUGGGUUAUAUUAAGUAUUCUAACUGUUACAAUUCUAACACAUCUUCAUGAUCCAAUUCAUCGUCAAUUAAUCGAUGAUAUUGAUAUAGAUGAAAAACGUAUAUGGUGUUUAGUACAAUAUUCUUCUUCUUCAAUUAGUACAUGGAAUUCAUUUAUUACGUUCGUUCAUUUUCUAAUGCCUUUUUUAAUUAAUUUAUUGAGUAUAAUUUUUAUUAUUAUUUCAAUUGCUCGUUCUCGUUCAAAUCUACAAACAAGAUUACCAUUCAUAGAUCAUCUACGAUCACAAUUAAAACAACACAAAUCUCAUCUAAUUGCAUCAUGUGUAUUCAUAUUAAUAGCAUUAAUACGUUUAAUCCUUUCGUUUACAAGUGGAUGUAUGAAAUCACCAAAUAAUUCCUGGUUAUUUCUUAUUGCUUAUUUUAUAUCAUUUUUACCAUCAAUGAUGACAUUCAUUGUCUAUAUAUUACCAUCAAAAGUUUAUAAAAAAGAAUUUAAUACCGUUGUCGAUCGAACAAUUCAACGAUUUCGUACUGUAUCAUAA